AAGGAAGGAAAAGGCAUGGCAGCAGGAAAGAAGGAUCCAAUUGCUGAGGAUUCAGUGGAGGGGAUCCAACAGACCCUGGGAGAAGGGACUCUGCUUGCUGUGGACUCUGUCAGGGCGCAGAGGCGUGAUCUGAUGAGAUAUGUCUGUGAACUGGAACUGGACACAAAUACAAUACACAGAAACCUUAAACUAUCGGAAAACCACAGGAAGGUGACAUAUGUGAGUGAGGAGCAGCCAUAUCCUGAUCAUCCAGAGAGGUUUGACUUCUGGCCUCAGCUGCUGUGUAGAGAUGGUCUGACUGGUCGCUGUUACUGGGAGGUGGAGAGAGAGGAGGAAGAAAGAGAUGGAGGGAGGGAGGAUCAGACAGGAAGAGAUUAGUAAGAGAGGACCUCC